CUGCCACCGUACCUGGGUUGUGGGUCAGAGUUCUCAGGGAUGCCUCUUGGGAUCCCUUCGCGGCACUCCCAGCGCGGCCGCCGCGCGCCCAGGCACCGGCGGCUCCCUGGGCAUGGAGGGCCCGGCCAUCCAGGUCUGCACCGCGCUGGCCACGCUGGCCGGGUGGGCCCUCGGCAUCCGCUCCGUGCAGACGCAGUCCUUGCUCGCCUCGCUGGGCUUCUCGUGCGGAUUCGCCGCCUCCUUCAACUCGCCCCUGGCCGGCAUCCUCUUCGCCAUGGAGGAACUACAGCACGUUUCCCCGCGCCUGUCCAGCUCCAUCAUCUGCAUCAUCCUGGUGGCCUCCGUGGUGUCCACCGCCGUGGUGCGCGGGUGCUACGGCAACUCGCAGCUCUUCCAGGCGUCGUGGGGGCAGGCCAGCGUCGACCAGGUCUUCGGGGUCCGCGGCUGGAUGCUGGUGGCGGUGCCCAUCGGGGUCUGCUGCUCCCUCGUCGGGCAGGUGCUGAACGCGUCCGUGCGCCGACUGCACGCGGCGCUCGGCGAGUGGCGCGAGCGCGGCCAGCUGUCCUACGCCGCCGCCUUCGCGCUGCACGGGCUCGUGUCCGCCGCCGUGGGCGCCCUGGUCUUCCACGUCACUGGCCUGCGGGGCGUCUGGGGCGUGGGGGCCGAGUCCGUGCAGCAGGCGCUGGACCGGGGCGGGGACUUCCACGUCCUCGAGUACCUCCUCUUCGCGACCGGGAAGCUGACGGCCUUCGUCCUCGGCGUGUCGGUGCGCGGCCCCGGUGACACGCUGGAGCCCGUGCUGAUCAGCGGCGCGUUCCUUGGCGGCAUGACAGGCCGGAUGCUGCACUGGGCUGGCGCCGGCCCGGACAACGCGCAGUCCAGCGCAGUGGUGAAGCCGUGCGUGGUGUUCGGGAUGGCG